UAUCAACAUACCAUACGGCUAACCAAUGUACAAGGGAUCCUUACGAGGGCUUAACUACAUUAGAGGUAGUAAAAGACUUUUUACUACUAAUAGUGUUCCUCCUCCACCGAAAAGAGACUUUUCAACAUUAAUAUAUGGGCUUACGGCGAUAACUUUAGCUUCUUAUGGGGCUUACAAAUUUGGUCAAUAUCAAAUAAUCAAUAGUCCACCAUCUAAUUUGUUCCCAUUGAAUUCCGUGACAAAGCUUCUGGAUUUAGAAUCCCCAAAAUAUGGGACUACUGAAGAGAUGCUUCAAGCAAUUGAAGAAAUUAGACAAAAAGUACCCAAUGCAGAAGUGACUAAUAAAGAAGUUGACCUUGAUCAUCAUACAAAAAAUGAUUUCACUCCACAUUUACCAUUGGACCAUGAAAAACCUCAAUUCAUUAUCUAUCCAUAUACUACGGAACAGGUUUCUGAGAUUUUGAAGAUUUUGAAUAAGUAUAAUAUUCCUAUUGUUCCAUUCAGUGGAGGGACAUCUUUAGAAGGCCACUUCUUUUCAACCAGACAAGGUGUAAUAUUAGACACAUCAAGAAUGAAACAAAUUCUUGAAGUCCAUGAAGAUGAUUUGGAUUGUGUAGUUCAAGCAGGUGUCAAUUGGCAAGAAUUAAAUAAACAUUUAGAGUCUCGUGGGCUUAUGUUUGGAGCAGACUGUGGUCAUGGAGGAUUAAUAUCUGGUAUGAUUAAUACAAAUGCUUCUGGAAUCAAUGCUUCUAGAUACGGUGCUAUGAACACUAAUGUUAUUUCAAUAACUGUUGUAUUGUCUGAUGGAACUAUUGUCAAGACCAAACAGAGACCUAGAAAAUCGAGUGCAGGAUAUAAUUUAACUCAAUUAUUUAUUGGUAGUGAAGGAACUUUAGGAAUCGUAACAGAAGCCACUGUUAAAUUACAUGUGAUUCCGAAAUAUGAGACUGUUGUGAUUUGUCAAUUCCCAACAAUUUUAGAUAGUACCAAUACAGUUGCUCAAAUAUUCAAGCUGGGUAUUCAACCAAAUGCCAUUGAAUUUCUAGAUGCUGAUAUGAUGAGAUGUUUAAAAUAUAGUGGAUAUUGUGAUAAUAGUUGGCAGGAAAAACCUACCAUUUUUUUCAAGAUUGGAGGACUUAAUAAAGUAGUUGUUGAUGAAUAUAUUAAGCAAUUGAAAAGUAUCGCCAAAGUUAAUAAGGUUGAACUAUUUAAAUUUGCCAAAAACAAACAAGAAGGUGAAGAAUUAUUUUCCGCUAGGAAAAAUGCAUUUUAUGCUAUGAUUGAUUAUGGUAGAAAUGAAAUUGAUGAAGAUAUGAGAAUUUGGGUUACAGAUAUUGCAGUUCCAUUAUCAAGAUUAUCACCAGUAUUAACAGAAAUUAAUCAAUUAAUUAAGUCGAGUGGAUUUGAAUCUAUUAUUUUAGCCCACGCAGGAGAUGGGAAUUUUCAUGCUGAUUUAUACUAUAAGCCAGAAGAUAAGGCAAAAUGUGAAGCAGUUAUUAAACAAAUGAUUAAGAUUGGAUUAGAUAAUGAAGGUACAUGUACAGGAGAACAUGGAGUUGGUAAUGCAAAGAGAAAUUAUCUUGCAAUUGAAUUAGGUGAUGACGCUAUCAGUUUAAUGAGAAAAUUAAAGAUGGCUCUAGACCCGAAGAGAAUUUUAAAUCCUGAUAAAAUUUUCAAGAUUGAUCCUGAAGACGAAGGAAAAUAUUAGACUAUAUGCUAGAAUAUUUAGUAAUAGAUUUUUAUAGACAGACCGAAUAUAAAAACAUGCCUAUGACGAUAGCGCAAAUUUAAAGUUAAAUAAAGUUUAGUCGAUUUAGAUUUAACAAUAAGAUACGCAAUAAUUUACGAUAUUAUUUAAUUGCUUCUCUGUGAAAAUUAUGGUUUCCCCACAAAUCAAAACUAGUCCCCUCGUCGUUUCAUUACUUUUUUUGUCUUUAAUUACCACGGGGUUUGACCUAGGCGGAGAUGGAAAAUAAUAGAAUAUUAUAAAGAAAUUUAAAUGUAACUAGGUUUAUAUAUGAAACAAAUGAAUAAAUGACUACUACCACGAGUACAAUUACGAUUACGAUUACCAUUACCAUUAAUUACGAUGGAACAAAUUUGUUUGUGGCCCGCCGCAGUGGCAAAUAUUUUUUUAGGUACAGAUUGGGGUAACAAGGUUGUAACUUACAUCAUUAUAUAAUAAUAGUAGAUAGAGGUAG